AUGGAGCAUGAUGAUGCAGCUCGUCCUGGGUCACCACUCAGCGUGAUCGACCCUGGGCCGGAGGUUAAUACUCUCCUGACUUUGCAGGACAGACAUAUUUCCACACAUGUGUGGAACACCUGUGAAGAUCCGAAUGCCAAUGAUCGUGUAAUUAAUGUGCGCCAUGCUGUGACCCAUAAUCACCUUGACAUUCUCGAGGAGAUUCAGCCAUGGCUGAUGCAGGCUGGCUUCUAUCAUGUUGCUCGCUUACGCAACCAUGAGAUAGACCAUCACCUUGUCUCUGCGCUUGUCGAGCGAUGGCGUCCAGAGACACGGACUUUUCAUAUGACUAUGGGCGAGGUGACCAUCACCUUGGAGGAUGUUCAUCAUUUAUUGGGGUUGCCCACAGAUGGUCAGGUUGUGUCCGGGCGCCACGGACGACAUCCCUUUAAGGAUUUGUACCGUGACUUCUUAGGCGUUCAGCCCACAGCUGGUAGGGAUCUGAAUGGAGGUUUGUUGGGUCUCCACUAUCUAUGGGAGAAGUUUAAGGAUUACGCAGACCACACUGGUAAUGAGGUUGACCGUAGGAGGUAUACACGCGCAUUAAUAUUGCAGAUACUAGGUGGUAUGUUGUUUGUGGACACUGCCUCCAGCUUCGUCCCUGCGAAAUAUUUGUUAUAUCUUGAUGAUUUCCAGCGAUGUGGGACGUAUAGUUGGGGCUCUACAGUUCUUGCACUCUUAUAUAAGGAGUUAUGCAAAGUGACUGACAGGAGACGUUCAAAUAUGGGUGGUUGUGCACUGUUACUGCAAUUAUGGGUCUGGACCAGGUUCCCGACUAUCUCUCCUCCACUCCCUGAGGUCAUCGAUGAGUAUGCCAUUUAUGGAGCGAGGUUUAACAUUUAUGAUCAGCGCCAUACUGUGUUUAAUCACAUUCGCAGGUACCGCCAUCAUAUGGACGUCAUGCGUAGACGACAGUGUCGUUGGAGACCAUACCUGGGCGUGACCCAUAAUGUACCUCACUGCCACCCUUUUUUUGGUAUGCUCUCAUCCUCCACGGACAACCGGCGUUAUGAUUUUGACAAACCAUUAUCAACCUUUUCUUAUCACUUUUCUCUACGACUGUUGUGCGAUUUUUUUCCAUACAAUAUUGUUUAA